AUGUCCACUCCGUCUCGAGGAGCUGGGAACUUUAAUAAUCCAAUUUCACUUGAUUCCUCAGAUGAUGACAAACCCGCGCGAAGUCAAGCUGGACCUUCAAGGAUUAGGUCAAACCCUCGAGGCAGCUCAACUACUUCGACGAGGAGAGUUAGUCUUCCUCAACCCCGUGGAGACUUAGAUCUUUCUCUUGACGAUUCAGGAUCCGACACUGCCAUUCCCUCUUCCUCUUCCUCUUCCAAGCGUAAAUCCACACGUACAACUUCCAACCUCCUCCGGAAUGCGAUAGAUCUAAGUGAUGAUCGAUACAUUACAUCAUCACCACAUCAAUGGAUAACGCAGACUACAAAUGAACCUGGAUCAUGGACCAAUCCAGUAAAACUAGAACCGAGUGCUAUCAGGAUCAUGAAAUCAAGAGAGGAUGCACCUGCGCCAAGUGGAUCAUGGUUGAACCCAGCUCCGUUCGUACUUCCAAAUCAUUCGAACCCACAAAGUGAAGCAGAAACGCAAAAUCAACAUGAAGCUGGAAGUUGGUUGAAUCCCACUACGUUUAUACCCACUUCCUCAUCUUUACCUCAACCAACCACAUCCGACCCCCAACCUACUACAUCUUGCCCUCAACCUCCUAAUCUUGCCGCUGCUGAAUCGUGGGAUUUGAUCCAAUCUUCUAUAUCGGGAAUAUCAACUCCUGGAACAUCCACUCCACAAUCGCUUGUUGAGCCAUCUGGAACAUGGUUGAACCCGGCAACUCUCGUCCUUCCCACAUCGAAUUUGGCAGACGUCGAACCAAAUAUACAGAGACAAGAGGAAGAGCAGGGACAGUUGGAUGAUGAAGAAGCAGAAGAUCCAUUCUUCAUCGAUCUGACUCCGUUUCAACAAGCGAGUCAAUCAAAGAUUCAAGAUGAUAAAUGGACAGAUGCUACUGCCAUAAUCCCUUCAAUAGGGUUACCUUCACAACAACCCUUGCCAGAUGCGUCCGGUGACAAACCAACAUCGUUGGUAGAAGCCUCCGAGGAUACUCAAAAUUCAACAUUUGAUAAACCCGAAUCAGGUGUUCCUCUUGAGCCUCUUCCCAACGUAUCUCAUCCACCGACCCCCUCCCCUGGAUUGGGCUCAUGGUCAAAUCCAGCACCAUUUGGACCUACUCAUAAUGCAUCACUUCCACGACCCCACUCCCCCGAGCUAGGUUCAUGGCUGAACCCAGCACCAUUCGUGCCUUCUUCAAGUUUCAAACGGUCACCAAGUCCCACUGAGUUGGAAAGAGAGGAAUCCAGGAUCAGGAAGGGAAAAAUGAGGAAAUUGGAUUCGCCUCUCACUGAGAACCUUGAAGCUCAAGCACAAGUGCAAGUGUCUGUUGACGUCGCGAGUUCCCACCUGAAAGAAGAACCAAAGAAGCGAAAAGGUCCAAGCUGGGUCACAGCCGAUCAAGCGGUGGAAAAGAAAGCUUCAACCCAUCCCGCUGUACUAUCACCCAUCCGUGAUAAGCAAGAUGAUAUACCGCAGACUACGAAGGCGGUACCUAUAGAGAAGGACCAAGUGCCGAUGUACGAGACAACAUCAUCAGUGAAUGUCGACAUGGAGAUUGCGGCCGCUCUCCAAGCGUUAGAAGGAUUCCAAACACCCGUUGCUGAAGAUUCAAUAACGCCGUUCGAUCAGACAAUGGACUUAUUCGUGAAAUCAAACUUCCCACUAAGAGACGCUUAUGCACGGCCGUUGGAUGUUUUAACAGCUCAGGCAGAAAUCUCAGCGUUACCAAUACAAGCUGCUGAUCCAGCUGCAGACGUGAUGGCACCCGAUUUGGAGCUGGUUGAAGCUGACUUACCGUUACCUUCGACUGCGGCUGCAGCUUCAACAGAGCCUAUUGCAUGUGUUACACGUUCGAACGAUGAUCAAGACAUGGUAUCAGCAAUUCAGUCUCCAUCGGCGUUAAUUGCAGCUCAAAGUGAACAAGUACAUCUGCCGGAUACCUCGGCGGAGGCAUCGGAAGCUCCAAUCUUACAAGAGAUUGUACCGGAGGGACAAAUUGACGAGGCACCUUCAAAAGCAAAAAUCGUACAAGACACGUCAGAUGAGCAACUCUCUUUACCUCGGGUGGAAAAGCCAUCAACAACAGCGAAAGUUACCCCACACAUCUCCAUUGUUUCGAUACCCCAAACACCGCUAUCAAGUGACAGUCAAGAGGUUGAAGCGGAACUGAACGCGAUCUUGAUCAGUCCUAUCGCAGAUAUGAGCUCUCUUGCUGUCCAAGAAGAUGUGCCUGAAAUAUCCUCUGAUCAAGGUUUGUCAGGGGACACACAGCUACUGCUGCCCGAAGUUAUUGUAGAGGCAGAAUCUUCAGCCAAUGAUUCGUUCUCGCCGGUCCUCCCGACCGGAUCACCUGAUAGUCCCCCUGGAGCUGUAUUCGAUACCGUGCUCUCGACCUUGAGAACAGACGUAGACGUUAAACCCACAUUACCCGUACUCUCCCUGCCUGCAGCGUCUUUUGGUACUUCCUUGUCACAUCCUAUCGAGAUAGAGCUAGAUGACGAUGACUUGGAUUGCUUGACUAGCGAUAGGGAGGAUGAAAGUAGCUUACUGGAAGGGGCCGAACAUGAGGUACAGAAAGCCCGGAUUGGCCUGGACGAAGUCGAGAUAAUAGCUGGACCUUCUGAUACUGGUAAUAGACUCACACGUCAUAUUCGUCGAUCUAGCAGUGUGCUAUCAAUUGAGGAGAUCAAAAGUGACGACUUCAUCCCCAAGGCCAACGCUUCUCGACGUGGCAGCCGGAUCUCACAUGGCACGAUGACGAGCAGUAUAAUAGCUGCCUCGAGUUCGACGAUAGGGCAAACGCUGAAUUAUCUCCGAACACGAACGCAGGCGAAGCGAAACAGUCCCCCUCUUUCGAUCUCAACCACAAGAACGAAAUCGCCCAGUCCAAAGUUCGAGGUUGUGAUUCCCACUCGAUCAAAACAGGCUUGGAGGAAGAUCGUUGAAAAUGAAGGAGAAUCAGACGUGGAAGAGAUGUUAGACGAGAAUUCGGAUGGUUCGCCAUCGAGCGGACCGUCAAACACAGUCGACAUGAUUGAACACAAUGGUUAUACCCUUCAAAGUGCAUUCCCGAUCUCGGGAGAUGUAUCUACACCUUCGGACGUUGUGGAGACGCAUAUUCAUACGAUGCUCAAUGACACAAUACCCGAUCCGUCACCACCACUUGAUCGAAGAUCACGAGCGAACCGUACGCUCAACACUUCAUUAAUCGAUGAAUGGAAUCGGAAAAAGCCUCGUUUAACACAAAACCCCUCUCUCCAUCGAGCAGUGUUUGAAGCAUACAUGGCACAAUGCACAUCAGCUGAUGAGCCUCAAGCGGACGAAAUCAGGGUUGUCAACGAUGUCGAUUCAGAAGGUGCACCGCCAGACUUUGAGUUUCAAUACUCGAAUGAUAUGCUGUAUAAUCCAGAUGUACCGGAUCCAGAACUGGGUUUAGGUUGUGAUUGUGAGGGUCCUUGUAAUCCAAACAGUAAAACUUGCAGUUGUGUGAAAAGACAAGAGGCGUAUUUCUAUGAUUUAGGCAUGAAGGGUUUUGCUUAUGAUCACCUAGGAAGAAUCAAAGAGUCCACAGUCAGUGUUUGGGAGUGUGGCAAGAACUGCGGCUGUCCUCCUGAAUGUAUCAACAGGGUGAUCCAGAGAGGCAGACGUAAGGACACGAAAAUUGAACUGUUCAAAACAAAUUGGAAAGGCUGGGGUGUAAGAGCUAGAGCUGCUAUAUCUGCUGGAACGUUCUUAGGCAUUUAUGCCGGCGAAUUGAUUAGUGAAUUGGAUUCAGAAGAAAGGGGCUUAUUGUAUGCACAGAUUGGUAGAACAUAUCUGUUCGACUGCGAUGGUUGGCAAAUCGCUAAUCCACCUUCUGGACUACAUCGCAUCGAUCCUAGAUUAGCUGAAUUGGCUGAAUUGUCAGCUGAAAGAGCAAGGAUGGCAGAUGGGGAAGCUGAUGAUCCAAGUUAUGUGUAUUCGGCAUACAGCGUUGAUGCUUUUCACUACGGGUUUACCAGAUACUUUAACCAUUCCUGUGAUCCUAAUCUUGCCAUCACGCAGGCUUAUGUAAAGGACUUCCACCCAGAACGACCCAUAUUGGUCAUAUUUGCUCGACGCAACGUUGCUCGUAACGAAGAACUCUGUAUAUCAUACAAAGGUAUCCCAGACGACGAGGAAAUCCCAAUACCUGUUCCACAACCUAAACUUACUACUCGAUAUGCCAAACAGAAGAAAUCGAAAACUUCAGCUUCUGCACAUGUGACAGGUACAACAAAGGGUAAAGUAGCUGCCAAAGAUAGAUGCAUGUGUAAAACAUCUAGGUGCGACGGGAGAAUGUUUAAUUACGGUGGAUGA